UUUUUUUUAGGAAAACAUUUUCCUCUGACCUGUAAAUGUCUUUCGUGAAGCCACAGAAAUCCUGCAAUUUUUUGUUUUUUCCCCAUCUUUUGAUAAAGACUCUUUAAAAAGCUUAUACAAAGGCCCCUCAAUAUAUACAACUAUCUCUUCGUCUAAGCCUGUUGAAUGAUUAAACAUAUGCCUAAUUUUGUGCGUUCGUGCGUGCACAAUCAAACAAGGUGAUUUUCUCAGCCCUUGUCUUCUUUUUUGGGCAAUCCCCAUGGUUUCAUGAAAUGCUUAUUUACGCAUAAGCAUUAUCGUCGAGCAGCAAUCGCUGGUGAUUACAAUUCCAUCUGCCUUCUCUUUGUACAUAAAUUUAAUCUCCGAUUUUUGUUGUUUCGUUUAAGUUGCGGGUGGUUGGUUGUUUGUGUGGGGCUAUCACCUUCCCCUCAGUCCUCAGAUAUUCUCGGCAGUUGUUCUUCCUUUUUGCGCGCAAUUCGUUAGAUAUUCUUUGUCUCUCGAUUCCUCUAUUGCAAGUCGCGCGGUAGAGGAACAUACUACAUAUAUCAGCCGACUGGGGGCUGGUAUACUUUGGCUGAGGCACUCGACUCUCAAUCAUUUAUCUAGACAUGAAGGAAAACAGCCUCCCAUUAGCCUCUACAGGCUCCACUGCGACUCAGAAGAGCAGGGAUGCAGGCGCCUCCAUAUUUCUUUUCGGCUGGUUCUGCCAACUGCUAUCCCCCGCACCGCCACCGCCGCCGCCGCCGCCGCCGCCGCCUAGCAGCAGGAGCGAUAAACCCAAGCAGCCGAUGAUCAGCUCGACGCACGCUGCGUUGGGCGCCUCCAAAUCCUCUGAUCACGAUCACCUGGUGCUCGAAAGGAUCUUCCGCUGCUUUGACGAGAAUGGCGACGGAAAGAUCUCCUCAGGCGAGCUCCAGAGAUGCAUGCGGGCGGUCGGAGAGGAGCUGUCCUGCGAGGAAGCCGAGGCUGCAGUCAGGUCUACAGAUUGGGACGGCGAUGGCCUGAUUGGGUUCGAAGAUUUCGUGAAGCUGGUGGAGUCGGAAGGAGAGGAGGAAAAAGGAAGGAGCCUGAGGGGGGCGUUCGGUGUGUACGAAAUGGAGGGGGAGGGGUGCAUCACGCCGAGCAGCCUCCGGCAGGCGCUGGGACGGCUUGGGGAGGCACGGUCCAUAGAGGACUGCUCCGUCAUGAUCCGCAGCUUCGACCUCAAUGGUGAUGGCGUCCUCUCCUUCGAUGAAUUCAGAAUUAUGAUGCUCUCACCCACAAAAAGUGAUCACAUGUACGUAUGAAGAGGCCAUAUAUGAUCCGUUCGUACGUGCAGGGAGUCGUUAUUUCUUAUCAGAAUAAUACUUUUGUAUCUUGUAUGAAAGCGUAAGAGCCGAAAAUUUUGUUCA